GGCAUCUAUUUCUUCCCCUGGAAUUUGAUGCGUGAAGUGUCUCUGACGUAAUCCGUAACUCGCAGUUGCAGAUAGUGUCUAUGUAUAUAAGCCGAACAAAGCCUCCAUUUUGUUUCUGCGAGUGCUUUGACGCUAAGGCUCCUCUCAAACUCGAAGAAACCGUUUCACAUUUCAUCAUCUUCAUCACCCACUAAUCCACUUCUUCUCACAAUGGCCGAAAAUGGUUCACUCUCUGAAUUCCUGGAAACUGCUGUUGAAGCAGCCAAGAGAGCUGGCGAGAUUAUCUGCAAGGGAUUUUACCAGACCAAGCAUGUCGAGCACAAAGGCCAGGUUGAUUUAGUCACAGAAACUGAUAAGGCUUGUGAAGAUCUCAUUUUUAAUCAUCUCAGACACUGUUACCCUACACAUAAGUUAAUUGGGGAAGAAACUACUGCUGCCUAUGGUAUUACAGAGCUGACUGAUGAACCCACGUGGAUAGUUGAUCCUCUUGAUGGAACAACCAACUUCGUGCAUGGGUUUCCCCUUGUCUGCAUUUCUAUUGGUCUUACAAUUGGAAAGGUUCCUACUGUAGGUGUUGUUUACAAUCCAAUUUUAAAUGAGCUUUUUACUGGCGUCCUUGGAAAAGGUGCUUUUCUUAAUGGCAACCCUAUAAAAGUAUCAUCACAAACGGAGCUUGUGAAGUCUCUUCUUGCAACAGAGGUUGGAACAAAACGUGAUAAGGCUACCGUGGAUGCCACUACAAACAGAAUUAAUAGCUUGCUUUUCAAGGUGAGAUCCCUUAGGAUGAGUGGUUCCUGCGCACUGAAUCUAUGUGGAAUUGCAUGCGGAAGACUUGAUUUAUUUUAUGAAACUGGAUUUGGGGGUCCAUGGGAUGUAGCAGGUGGUGCCGUGAUUGUCAAAGAAGCUGGAGGACUUGUUUAUGACCCAUCUGGUAAAGAUUUUGACAUCACAUCUCAGAGAGUGGCAGCUUCAAACCCUCUCCUGAAGGAUGCAUUUGUUGAGGCUCUGCAGCAAUCAGAAUGAGAAGGCAACCAUUUUUUUAUAAAAAUUACAAAUUAGUUGCUGUUUAAUAAUUCAGUUCUUAGUCUUCUAAACAACUUCUAGCGGUGUCCUCGUUGGUUUUUAUUAUGAUAGUUUAGAAGGGCAGCUAGCUGAUAUUUGUAAUGAUUCUGCCAAAUGGCUUGUGCCAUUUUAGCAAUGCCAAAUUAUUUGUAGAAUCAAAGUUGGUAAAAAAAAACAGUCUGUUGUACUUGAAAUAAAACAAAGGGGUCUUAAAUGUGUUUUUUAACUUGUUACAUUGAAGAUUUUUAAAGGGAAUGUAAAGUUUUGAA